AUGACACGUCGAGCAAACUCUUCCGCUCCAUCUUACGACUCAGACGCCUCGUACUCCCCUGAGGACGAUGAUGUGGAAGAUGAACUCUUUGACCGGAAUGGCUCCGACCACUCAGAAUCUGAAACAGAGGCGACGGAUGUCGAAGAUUUAAGCCUUGACGACGAGGAUGGCUGCGACGACAUCGACGUCGAUGACCAGGUUCAGUUCUUUGGAGGAAACAUUCAUCCCCCGGAGUACUACCGACACGCUGUUGAGAGUUUCAACGAGAGCGCCUACGAAACUCAGGACUACAGCGACGGUAGCUUGCUGCUCCUAGACGCCUGUGAGGAGCAAUGGCGCCAAUACUGCAAAAUGCUGGAGCGCGACCCUCAAAGCUGUUUUGAGUCUCUCUCGCAAUCUAACGCCCUGCCCCUCCUGUAUAACUUUUUCGACUGGUCACUGAAUCAGAAAAUCGGCAAGGACGGAAGGAAGAGGAGAGGAACUAGGAAGAGCAGCUCCCUGGGCACGUACUGGAAAGUCUUCCGACUCGUCCAUGAGAGAGCCACGGGAAACAAGCUUGAUCCGAAGCUGAAUCGGCGUAUGCACAAGGUGCUCCGAGAUCUCGCCAAAAAACAUGGCCUAAGCAACGAGAAACGUGUGAAUCGUUGUAUGACAAUCGAAGACCUUAAAAAGCAAAUUGAGACGACAAUCAGCACAACUGAGAAGUCGUUCAAGCUAGGAGAGCUGCGCAUUCUUGCUGUUCUAUUUCUCCUCCUCCUCGCACCUGCAGGAGCACGCCCUACGUCCAUCUUGCGUAUGCGGUUUGGAGAUAUCCGGCUCGUGCUGGCGAGGGACCCAGAAGGCGGGCCACACAAUAUUCUAAUUAGAUUCACACUGGCCUUCACGAAGACAUAUCUUGGGGUCAAAGACGCAAAAACUUACCCUAUCCCUGAGAAUUUGUAUGACCCUUCCUUGCUACUUAGCCCGCAUGUAUUUUUACUUGGCAUUUUGUUCCGUCAUCGUGCGUUCCGUGCGACAAGCCUCGCCUCUCCCGCACAGCUGGCUAAUCUCGACAUUCACCCGCAAGAGCGAGAGUUGCCUCUGCCGUUGAGGGAUGAAUUGAAAGAGACACACAUAUUUCGUCGGGCUGUGAAAAACCUGACUGGUUUUGAGUUAUCUCAGGAUAAGCCCAUAUCCUACCAGAUGGUUGCCCAGUGGAUCAGAAAAGUCGGCGAAGUCUUAGGGUUAGAGUAUCCCACUAUUCCCUACAACUUGCGCUAUAACGCAGCAAAUGAAUUCGACCGGAGCGCCGAUAUAAGCGAGGCGCUGCGAAAUCUUGCCAUGGGUCAUGCCAAUUCGACACCAUUCCAGCGCCACUACCUGGGCCGGGAAAUUGGCGCAGACACAUGGGCUAUUCUCCGGCGACAAAAACCACAGCAAGCCUUGAUUAUGCAGGCCUGCAGUGUCGGUCACUCGAUAAGCAAACGACGGCCCACGGAUCUCACACCUGAACAAUUAGUAUCCGUGAACAAUGAUGCCCUAAUUAAACGGUUAGAGCGAGACCUACGACGCCAUCGUCAGGGGUCGAAGAAGUACAUGGAGCUCCGCCGUGAGUUGCGAAAUGAGAAGCAAAGGCUGAAGAGACAGCUGAAGCAGAAGGUUCGGGAUGAAUGGACCGCCGAACAGGCUGUCGACGACAUCGAGCGGCAGUUGCGAGGUGUCGGUUUUGCUAAGGGAGCGGCGAACGCAACUGUCUCUCCCCAGCGACCAGCUCAAAAACGACUCAUGGAGGCUCUCACUGUUCCCCUUGGCAAUACACUUGAAGGUCAAUAUCAGCGAAGAGACAACGCCAUUAGCGCCAUUAUGGCUUACUGCGUGGUUGAGGAGGGCCAGACCAUCCAGCGCCAUACACCCUCUGUCGAGUCCAGGUCGACCUUUAUAUCUGAACCACCAGUGAGAAGCCCCCAGCACAUGGCUCUGAUGUCUGUCUUUGUCAAGAAUGAGAAGGAGAGGCCGAGAAGGUGCUUCAUUUGUGUUGGCAAAGCACUCACCCUGGCUCCUGAUGACGUGGCUGUGGAGGGCCUCGUACUUAAAUCAUCUCAAUGCACAAAUUUCCUUGUCAGGUUACCCUUCUGGGCCCUUAUUAAGAAUUAA